AUGCGAAGCCACAGCUCAAUGUUUUCCAUGCCAGAGGUGCAGCAUGACACAGCAACGUUGCCAGAGGUGCAGCAUGACACAGACGCGUUGCCAGAGGUGCAGCAUGACACAGCAACGUUGCCAGAGGUGCAGCAUGACACAGACGCGUUGCCAGAGGUGCAGCAUGACACAGCAACGUUGCCAGAGGUGCAGCAUGACACAGACGCGUUGCCAGAGGUGCAGCAUGACACAGCAACGUUGCCAGAGGUGCAGCAUGACACAGCAACGUUGCCAGAGGUGCAGCAUGACACAGACGCGUUGCCAGAGGUGCAGCAUGACACAGCAACGUUGCCAGAGGUGCAGCAUGACACAGACGCGUUGCUAGAGGUGCAGAUGACCACAGCAGCGUUGCCAGAGGUGCAGCAUGACACAGACGCGUUGCCAGAGGUGCAGCAUGACACAGCAACGUUGCCAGAGGUGCAGCAUGACACAGACGCGUUGCCAGAGGUGCAGCAUGACACAGCAGCGUUGCCAGAGGUGCAGCAUGACACAGACGCGUUGCCAGAGGUGCAGCAUGGACACAGCAACGUUGCCGAGGUGCAGCAUGACACAGACGCGUUGCCAGAGGUGCAGCAUGACACAGCAGCCAGCAGCAUUGCCAGAGGUGCAGCAUGA